AUGUACGUACUUUCACAUAUUAUUGAAUCUGUUAUGAAUUUUAUUGUUUUGUUUACAUAUUCGGAUCCAUGUGAAUGUUUAAUUCAAGUUUGGUUAGUUUAUUUUAUACGAAUGCCAGCCUAUUUCUACUAUCUCGGCUCUCCUUUAUUUCAUUUUGCUAUAAUGAUUGAGCGUGUUUUGGCUACAGUUUAUGUUAAAAUUUAUGAAAAUCAAGGAAAAUUAUUUUCUGUUAUUUGUACAAUUAUUUGGACAAUAAAUCUAAUUUAUGGUGUUUAUAUUUAUAUUACAACACAAAUGGAUACCGACACUUUUAGCCAUCCAAUGGUUUAUCUAUCACUAACAACUAUUUAUAAUUCUCAAAUAUUUAUAUAUCUAAACUUCUUUUUCUUGUUUUUGGUGAUAUGUAUAGCUGUAGCUGAUUAUUAUUUAAUUCUUCGGAACCAAAAAAUUAAAUUAAAUUUGUAUGUUAAAAAAAUAUUUAUUAAAUCCUAA